GCGCGCGAUUGUCUUGCUUGUAUGGAAGUGGGGCAUUUAAGGAACUUUUUUCAGAAAUGCAAAUUGCGUACGUGAGUGGCGUGUGCUGAUCUUGUAUAAAUAGAUGAUGUAAGUGAAUGGUCAAGCCAAAGAAAGGCAACAAGUUCGAGGAGAUACCCGCGGUCUAACGUCAUUUAGGACACACACGAGACAAGAAAUAAGAUAAAGAUGCAGCAAGAAAAGCUUCCGCAGAUAAACCUUCAGAAAACGUCAUUUUCUGUUGCUGAUAUUCUGGAUCCCUGCAAAUUUAAAGGGAAACCUUCUCAUUUAACUUGGUGUUCAGCUACAAAUAAACACACGGGGAGGGUGAUCUCAGGAACAUCACCAAGUCAUGCAGAUGAAAGUUCCCCUGCAGAAGACACAGGUGCGUCUUCGAAUGAGAGCUCUACGUCUCCAAAUCCCAAGAGAUCAAAGGUCAAGAGCAGACGAAUUCGGACAGCGUUCACGCUCGAGCAACUCCGGAUUCUAGAACACAGUUUCCAAAAGUGCCACUAUCUCUCUGUUUUCGAGCGCUACGCCAUUGCGAGAGCUCUCUGCCUCUCCGAGACCCAGAUCAAGAUAUGGUUCCAGAACCGACGCACUAAGUGGAAGAAAGAGCGCGAGGGAAAAGGGUCUGAAGAAGAGCUUCAGUAUGGACUCAGAUACCUCGCACCUCCUUCCUUCUAUUCAACAAACCUCAAUUUAAACACACAGCAUCCCCAACCGGGAGCAUCAAUUCAGAUGUUUGAAAUGGCGUCACCAUACAACCAUUAUGCAAACCUUUAUGCGUUUUAAAUGAAAUGGUAAAAUAGCCGGUGACAUUCAAAAAGUACUCUAAUUAACUAAUUGCAUUAACCUCAGUGACAUAAGAGACAGCUAUGUUAUGCCAAUAGUCCAACGACCCAGUCUAUUUAUAAGUAUUUAUAACAAAUGACUAUUUAUGUGUGAUAUUUGAAAUAUUUGUAAAAGCACGUGAUAUCUUAUGUAUGUAAAAUGUUAAAUUAUAUUUUCAUAUUUCCAAAUGCCUUAUUUGAAUAUAGAACUGACCGCACAGAUUAAAUCUGAUUUAUAAAAAUGUCAUUAAAACAAGAAU